AUGUCAGAACCACUAAUAUCCCGCAACAUUGACCCCUAUCACAACGACACCUCCAAACUCUACCUCGGCUACCGCGAAGAAGACUACGAGAAACCAUGGGCGAAAUACUUCAAUCCAAAUGUUGCUCUUGUCAGCGACGAAGUUCAAAAAGGGUUAAUAUGUAGUCCGUGGGCGAGUCCGCUCGGUUACGGUCCGUCAGAAGCGCAUGACCGCCUCUUAAGGCCGGGGUAUGAAACUAUUGAGAAUGGAUUUGUGACGACAACGCAAGGGACGACGAUGGUUGCUGUACGGACUGAUAUGGGGAAUGUCACCGGCGAAAUGUACGAUUGGUGGUUCUCCUGGCACUUGACUGACACUUCACGGUAUAAGCUCUGGCACCCCAACGCCCACCAAUACACCUACCGCCACCCGGACACUCUCGACAUUACAACCCACAAAUCCUACGCAGAACGCUACAUCAACACCUUCUCGUUCAUAAACGAGUAUUUGGGCAACCACUGCACGGAUCUCACAGUCGCAUUCAUAGAUCCAAAGGAGUUGGGCAUUGACAAAGGGAAAUGGCCGGAGAUUGGGGUUGAGACGAUGGUUUGUGCGAGGAUUGGGACGCCUGAUACGGCGCCGGGAGGAUGGAUCGAGAGAGUUGAGGUCGAGGUUUUGGUUACCGUUGCCGGUGGAAGCAGCGAGAGAUUUGAUGGUUCAUUGUGGGAUGGAGAUGAGUCAUCUCGCAACGUUUCUUCCUGGACUAUUCGAGGAAUUCAAGGAUACAAUGUGAUUAUCGUGUAG